UGUUAUCACUCUAGCCAGCGUCAUGGCCCGCCCUCCCUACUGUCCAGUGUAGUCAGGUUGGGAAGGAGGACGGGUUAAACUGGCAAUUCACAUAGCACUGGAUUUACCGGACUCCACUUGUCGCGAGCCCUGUUUUUUUCUGUCAGUGUCGCAGCAAACGAUAACAGCGCGCUGUGACAUAGGUCGGCACGAGACACAAACACAGGAGCGAGACCUGGCUCGUUCUUUUUUUUCGUUUACCGAGGACAGAGGGGGAAACAACAACCAUAACUCCGGUGGAUGGCUUUAUCCGCAGUGUCUCAGCCAGCCAGCCAACCGGGGAGCAGAAUGUCAAGACAGCAGCACCGGACGCCGUUAAAACUCACCGACAACGUGGUGGAGGUCAAGAGCAAAUUUGAGGCAGAAUACCGGCGCUUUGCUCUAAAGAGGAAUGGCCCGGGUGGGUUUCAGGAGUUCUACUGCCUCCUCCAAACCAUCCAUCGCAUCCCUGGUGUUGACGUGCUGCUGGGAUAUGCUGACAUCCAUGGAGACCUCCUCCCAAUCAACAAUGAUGACAACUUCCACAAAGCUGUCUCCUCUGCCAAUCCACUGCUCCGCAUUAUCAUAACCAAGAAAGAGGAUGAACCAGUAGUUUUUGCUACCAACUCCCUUCAGAGGCGUAAAAAGGGGCUGGGCUUAACCGGACUGCGCACCACCGGCUCAGGCUCCACUCAUUCAAAGAACAAACCAGGGCUUAUGAUUGGCCUGCCACAAAACUUCAGACAGAUCUCAUCCAUUAUUGAUGUGGACAUCUUACCUGAAACACACCGACGUGUACGACUCCACAAGCACGGUACCCACAAACCACUGGGCUUCUACAUCCGUGAUGGGGUUAGUGUUCGGGUGACACCACAGGGCGUAGAGAAGGUCCCAGGGGUUUUCAUUUCUCGUCUGGUACGUGGCGGGCUAGCAGAAAGCACGGGGCUGCUGGGAGUUAAUGACGAGAUCCUGGAGGUCAAUGGCAUCGAUGUAGCAGGAAAAUCUUUGGAUCAGGUUACAGACAUGAUGGUGGCCAAUAGUCACAACCUCAUUGUGACUGUCAAACCGGCUAACCAGAGGAACAAUGUGGUGCAUCGUGGGAGUAAAACCUCGAUGGGCAACUCUGGUUCUGUGGGCUCAUCUGGAUCUACUGGCUCUGUUUUGUCACAUGAUUCACCAAGCCCCGCCUCUCAGAGCAAUCCUAUUACUGCAAGCAACAGCAUUGCCGAGGGCGACAGUGAUGAUGAUGAUGAUGAUGAUGAUGAUGGUGACCUUAUUCUGGAAAAUGACUGCCUGACACCCUACGAAUCCCACCGGGUAACCAACAGCAACAACACUAACCUCAACAGAGACUCACCUAGCAACAGGCCGCAUAACUCCACUGAAGUCAGGCCCCUCCCACAGAGCGUCUCAUUGCCUAAUAGCGUUGGCGCAUCCCUGAGUGACAGCUCCGUGGUGGUGUCCAAUCACAAUGGAAACCCCACCCACACGUCUAGUAGCAGUCAAGAGAGCAUGAGAGAGGAUGGCAACAUAUUAACACUGUAACCAUGACAACACUGACAGCUACACUGCAAAAGUCAGGAAAAUGGACUGUUACAACCAGAGUGCUGUAACCAUGACAACUCCAGAUGGCUUUUCUCCUGAACAGACUCAGUGGCACUUCUUCUUUUAAAGCUUCCUCCUGUUGACUUACUGAUAGUUUCUCUUCUUAAAGUGCAGAAAGAUUAGGAACAGUGACUGCACUGCAUAGAGACAGCACACAAUCCACCAGCUUAACAACACUCGCAACACUUUAUAUGUCUGCCACAUGUGGCUGAGUUAUAUAUACACCUGAAUUGUCAAGUUCAAAACAAUAAUUUGUGGCUACCCAAAGGAAAUUAUUAACUAAUCAAUGUAGACUCAUAGGGAGCAACAACACUGAGAAAUAACUGUUAAUGCCCAUGUAAAAGCCAUAGAUUGUUAGUUUGAUGUGUUGUUAAGUCAUCCUUAUUCCAACAUUGUCUGUGAAGUACAAACACAAACAUCAGUUUUAACUGCAGGAUAGCUGAUGUGUUCAUUAUAACAAGACAAUGAAGGCACAAUAUAAAGUGAAUCCUUAAGGGCGCUAUUUUACUAAACAACCAUUGCAAGCAGCGCUCCGACAAUUUGGUGAUUGCCUGACAUUGAAAUUCUCUUUGCCCACGUCUGUUUCCAGAGCAGAGUCACUCUGCUGUCAGUCGAGGGAUUUUCACAAAUGCGCAGCAAUAAUGGAAUUAUCUACUAGGCCUACUGCUACUACAAGCUUUUCCACCAGUAGUUGAAUCUAAAUUGAACUGUGAAAUUAAAGUUUAUUGUGGGUAAAGCAGAACCGUCAGUAGAAUUAAAUAUGAGUGAUUGCUCCAGUAUGUGUUGUCCACAGCUAGUUUAUACUGCAUUAAAAGUUUCUCCUUCAGGUCAUUAAAUGGUUGCAGACAUGUGAAGGCAGCAGGACACAAGUGGUGAUAAAUCUGCAGCCUCUGUUUUGAGCUCUGUUUAGAGCUCAGUUGUUUUACAGCUAUAAGAGCAGUGUGACAGGCGAAGAGUGGAUUUUUUAUUCACCACAUCCUUUGAUCAAUAUUCCACUUCACUCAACCCAUUUGCACUUUAUACUGCUGCACAUACAUGAACCAAAGUAUGAGGUGGAGAUGCACACACAGAUUCAACUGGUUUAAACCACUUUAAAGUGAGAUCAAAGGGGUCAAAUAUGAUUACUGUGGAUCAUAUAUAAUGAUGAUAAUGUCAUUAACAGUUAUUCAUAAAAUAGGAUGGAGAUGAGAUGGAAAGGUGAAGGUGAGGUGUAGGUACACAGUGACUAUAUUUUAUGAUUUUCACAUAAUUUAAGAAUUAAUAAAGUGCAAACAUCAGUUCCCUCCCUAGUAUAGCAAACUUUAAUUCCUGUCAUGAUUGAACAAUCUGAGUGCAGCGUGAGUGUCUUAUCUGACUCAUAUAAAUCUGUGUGUGUGUGUUUAUGCAUGUGUGAGGCCAUGGUGUUGUUGUUGGAGCUCUGGGGGUAUUGCCUUACAGUCAGAAAUGUUGGCUGACUCAGUCACACUUUACAGUCCUCUGUCUCACAUCCUACUUUCAACAACACUAAAAUAUUUUUUGACUGACUGUCAAACACAAUCAAUGUUACACUCAAGUUUACAAAAUAAUAUCAGCUAUGUGAUGUACAACAGAAGACGGACAAUGGUCAUAAACCAUCUUUGUAAACUUGGCCUUGGGUGAUGCCAAGGCCGUGCUUACAACUAUAGUUGUAUGUUUUCAUAUAUAAUUCAUCAGAAAUAAAAAUUAUAACACCCUAACAGAUAUAUUAUACAGAGCUCCAUAGUCUGCUUGUGUUUAGUGUCCACUCACAGUGUGAAUGCUCUUUCAGUGCUAUGGUGCUCUAAUCCUGCUCAGAAAAGUCCCUGUGCCCUGGAGAAGGUAGAGGAAACCUGUAAGGUUUUUUUUGUUUGUUUUUUCUUGUUAUUGUUUUGUGUCUUAAGCAUUCAACAAACAAACCUUACAGAGGUAGAAGCCAUUUAAUACCCUAAAAGACUUUUGACUGGUUAAAAGCAACUAUUAAAGUGACUAGUUUUCAAUUUAAAGUAGCAUGAUCACUUUUAGGAACAAAUUAGCUGAUUUAAAUGGGUCUGAUGGCUAUUUCCUCUCGUUGGAGAAACAAACGACCAAUCAGAGCUCUGUAGGAGGGUUUAAAGAUGUAUACAUCAUCGUCCUGUAUUUGUAGAUACACGAAGCUUUAUGAAAAAUACUGGCAGGAAAAUGGCAGCAAAAAGGAUGACAAGCAUUUAAGAGAUGAUGAUCAUCAUAUUUCUUAGACCGACCUUUAGCUUGUGAUGGAGUGAAGCAGUCUGUGAGACGUGUUAUUUCUGAUUAGAUGUUAGUACAGAAAACCCCUGAGAUCUAUGAGAGUCAUAAUAUUAUCAAAGUAUCAUCAAGAAUAAUGGUCAAACCUUACCCUGCGUCCCAAAUGUCCAUGAAAGCACAAUGUAUGUCAUUCAGCAAAUUUAAGGUUUGGUUGGGAAGUUUCCUGUGGCAAAUGGAAUUCUUGAUCCCAGUACUGGUCUGUGUGUGCAUAGCUCAGCCUGAUGUAACUGUCUCCUGCUAUAUAAAACGUAGACUGAGAUUCGCUGAAAAGAGUUUCUAUGAAGGCAAAGGAUGUAGCAUCUCUAACCAAACUCUGGCUGCUUAAUAUAAUUGAAACGAGGUACUGAGUUUGAAUCAAAUCAUAAAAACUUAACCAAGUUAUAUCCACGUGGGUCAAUAGGUAAUAGACACUGUCUGGUUGAACGUGCUGCUUGUUAAAAUGCUAUGAGCAAACAGCAAGAGGAUCUUAACGGAAAGCAUGUGGAGUGCUUGAAAGAUUGUCUAAGUCCACUGAUGCUGACCUGGAUAUAUUUCGUCAAAGUUUGAUGUAAACAGCUACACACACACACACACACACACACACACACACACACACACAAACACAAAACAGUCACUUUUUUUCAUUUUAAUGUAUGUUACUGUAAAAUACAAAUGUAAAUGCAAGAUUAUAAAACAAGGGAGAUUUUCAUUACCUGGGAGAAGUUUUUAUGUAAGAGAAUAUUUUAUAACGUGUAACAUAUGUAGAGUAUUUUUCUUAUUCUUGUACUUUUAAAUUGUAUAUGAGAGGAUACAGGAGGUGAUGUGAACAGUAUGUGUGGUAGGUUGUUGCUGUAUGUAUCAACAUGCACACAAUGUGCUGUUUGUGUUGAGCAGAUGUGAUUAGAACCACCGCGUAAUUAAAUAUGAAGGAUCCAAGUCGAACUUAAUUUGUAAUAAAUGCAUGCCAAAAUGUUUCAUGUUAAUAAUGAAAAUCCUGGAAUAUUCCCCAAAAGAAGAGUACCAUUGGCAUGUACGUCUGCACAGUCAUUCCAAGGUUCACAUGUCAGGUGCUUACCGUGGCUUAUAAAUUUAUUCAACAUUGUA